GAAGUAGAGGUCAUUGUGACACUAUUUGUUUCUGAUAAGAAUACCCAAUCAUCACAAAGAAGGAAGUGAUGUGUCACGCUACCUCGCUGUCAGUAUAAAGGGUAUGGGCUGUGCUCCCCUCAAUUAGACACUUGAAUAUAUACUGGAAUUGGUGUCACUUUCAGUCAGACAUUCCACAAGAAUGGCUGGUACGUUCCGUUUGAACAACCUGGGGCCACGUAGGAUGAUGGUCUUUGAGCCCGGUGAGAGGAGACCUCUGCAGGGUCAGGAAGGAUGCACCAUAGAAGUCAAUGAGUAUCAACCUCAACCUAUGAAGUGGUCGGAAGAUACACACUUCAACAGGUCCUCUCUCAUGGAUUUGAAAGUGAAGGAAGCAUUGCAUGAAUUGCACCUACGAAGAUUAAGGGGACCUGAAGACAAGCGUUCAGGUUUAAGAUACCUGAGGUCGGGUAGAACAGAGUCUCCAACGGAAGUUGGUGUGUUAAAAUGGAUGACAAAGUCGGAGGAUGCCUGUAGUAGAACUCCAGGGUAGACACCGGUUUAGAGUGCCAUUCUCACUGGGUGUCAGGACACUGCCAGACAGAUGUGAUGAAGAUUGCACCAGGAACGUUCUGGAUAAGCGGAUACCGAAGCUGAAGUCUUCACAGAUUGAAGAUCU